GAGCUGGUGAAUCAGCACUCAUUGGCCUUGGCACGUGUUGUGCAUUGUGGCAUUGACAUGAUAUAGGCGCAUGUGGAGGCGUUUCUGGAUUCUCCUUGGGAUGUGUAUGGGGAACCAAGGCCUUAGAGUUCUGCAUUGGCCUAGGCGCGUGCGAGUUUGGUUGGCGCAUUCGACUCAUCGGCUGUGGUUUAGAUAUUGGGCGACACUGGGGCGUCUGGCACCGUAUUUUGCACCAUAUUUUGCACCAUAUUUUCGCACCAUAUGGACAUAGUUGCAUGGACUUUUGGAGCAGAGUUACAGAGUUGUCUUACUGUAACAAUCUAGGGCAUGUGGACGGCUGGAUGGGGUCUGGACGUGGAGGAUGCCAGGUGUAAAGCGUACAUAGGCUGGGAGGUUUCAACUUUGCUCUAUACCCCCUCACUCUCACCGCCUCAGGCCUGUGUUGGUGAGGCACUUGGAUCAUCUCAUUCGUCCGUGGAGGUGAAGAGCACCGUCCCGAGUCAUGUGACAAUGGUACUGGAGGCUCGUGCGCGUGGGAUGAAAGGAAUCUUGGAAUCUUGGAACCUCUUCAUACUCCGUACACAGUUCCGUACUGUGAGCAAAUUCAGUGCAAGGCCCUCUUCCCUCUUAUCAACUGUGUACCCGGGUUACCGAGUACUGUUCCGUCUCUAUGGAUAUGGUUUCGCCGAGGCCGCCCAGCGCCCAAACACAACCUUCGAAGUUGACGGAGAACGAAGGAAAAGAAUAAAAAGCUUCACAACUGCCCUCCCCAUAUCCAAACCCCCGCGCCCACAUUCACCCUGGAGCCACCGGAGCCCUCUUCCUCCCCUCGGGUGUUGCAAGCUCAAAUCGUUUCCUGUCACGACAAGUCUUUGCGAGGGGCCUCACCUCCCUCUCUCACCACACCGGCCCAUCGACCUCUGGGAGUUUGGGGUUGAUCGUCAUUCUUGCCGUUGUAUCUGUCCGUCCUGCCCUUGAAGGUCACAUCCGGGAGCAGCGACUGGGCGCAUCUUCCAUACAUGCAUCCGACCGUGCAUCUUCACUUACUUGUACAUCCGCCGAGACAUCCCCUCCUACCACGCUCCCUCGG